CGUUAUCAAAGCCAUUGGCCUCGUUUUGGAUUGUUGUAAAAUGGCAGACGACACGAGUUAAGUUGGAUUUUCUGAUUCUUCGGUGUUGAUAAUUUGGCAAAUGCAGUAGGUCAAAGGUGACCUCUCCUAAAAAGUGACGUCUGGGGAAUACACACACACUUUAGACCUGUGCUGACCUGGCUGACUGACUGAUCUAUAAAUAGGAUCAGAACCCCACACUCAACAGAGAUUUAAUCAGUAUUAUGAAGGAAUUUCACCAUUUGUUGGUUGAAGAAAAGAGUCUGAUAAUUAUCAGAAAUGAAGUUGAAAACUCGCAUCAUGGUGUUGGGAACACUUUUUUUCAUACUGAUCAUAGUUUACAACAUUCUGAAUCACCAUGCACCCAGUAAACAUGAUGACAGAGAUAUUACCCCGUUUGAGAAACCAGAAUUAGAUAAAGAUGAAACGAUAAAAGAAAUGAUAAAGAAAUAUAAACCGAACUAUGAUUAUAAACUCAAAGGGUCCCCAUGGACCCUGGCUGCAUCUUGGGUCAGUGAUAGGCAGAUUCAUCCAGAAGACAUACCUGAACUUGGUGCUGUAUUAAGAGCUAUGUCUACACGCCCUAUAACAUUAGCUGAUGUUGGUUACAAAGGGACACAGCUCAAGAUGACUCUUCUCUUACAAGGUCAACAAAGAGUGGUCUUUAAACCCAAAUGGUACACAAGGGAUUAUGUUAUAACUGAUUCACCUGUAAGUGGCACUGAUCGACAUAAUGGUGAAAUAGCUGCUUUCCAUCUUGGCAGAAUUCUACAGUUUCGUAGGACUCCUCUUGUGUCUGGACGGAGAGUGAAUAUGAAGCGUGAGAUACAAGGAGUUGGUAGUAAGACAUUAUUAAACACAUUCUACACAAAGGAUGGAAAUAUGUGUUUCUAUGGUAAAUGCUACUACUGUAAAGGGCCAGCUACAGGUGUUUGUGCAGAAGGUGAAGUGUUGGAAGGAACAGUGGUAUUAUGGAUGCCAUCAACUUUUAAACUUAAACUUCAUAAACAUCCAUGGUCUAGAACAUACAGAGAAGGAAGACUUGCCAGUUGGGAGACUGAUGAUGGGUAUUGUAGAAAGGUACAGAUGAUAGACUAUUAUAGAGAUGGUCCUAUAUUACUAGAUAUAAUAGAUACAGCUAUAUUUGAUUAUCUAGUAGGUAAUGCAGAUAGACAUCAUUAUGAAACAUUCCAUAACACUACAGAGACAAUGUUGUUGUUAUUAGAUAAUGGUAAAAGUUUUGGUAAUCCGUUUCAUGAUGAACGAUCAAUAUUAGCACCGUUAUAUCAGUGUUGCAGCGUUCGUGUAAAAACCUGGCAGCGUUUAUUGUCACUACAAGAUGGUAUUUUAAGCUCUGUUUUAGGUGGUGUUCUAGAUGGGGAUCCUGUUGCACCAGUUAUAAAUGAUAAACAUCUAAUAGCAUUGGAUAGAAGAUUAAAGUCAGCACUUAAUGAAGUAGACAUCUGUAUUUCUAAAUAUGGAAUGAAAGUCAUUGUGACGUCCUGAUGAAUUGUGAUUAGAAAAGAAAAAACUUAUUUUAAAAGAAAAACUUAUUUAAAAAUAAGUUCCAGAUAUAUUUUAGUGAAUGAAACUGAUUAAUGGUGCUAGAAGACUCUUGUAAAACUUUAUCCAACCUAGUCCUGUGUAAGAAUCAAAAUUAUGUGAUACUUUUGUUAAGAAAUUUCAAGACACUUGUGCAGUUUUAGAAUCAGAUCCCCUAAAUAAGUUAUGUAAUCCUGUUUUAGCAAAUCCAGCAAUUGUUUGAUAUUUUUGAUUUGACAUUUAACUAAACAUUGGCCUGUAACCAUAGAGAUGUUAUAACAUCUCCAAUGGAACUUUAUUGAAAAGAAAUUGGCAACUAGAAAUCGGUAUGGCGUGCAUUUUCCUGAUACACCCCCGAAACUGCCUGAGGUAACCAGCAAUUGAAGUAACAAGGGAUAACUUCAGUCAGUUUUAUAGAAGGAUAACUUGUGUUUUCCUUUUGCUUUUUUCACUUCCAUUUCUUGAAAUCUUCGUUACACAUCUAUUUUAGCAAUGAUCUCUGUGUUAAAAUUUUGUCCGCGAGCUAAAAACAAUGGCCAGCUAGCUCCAAUACUAAUAAAACUUGUUACUGACAAAGGAUUUCAUUCACUAGUUUAACAUCUCAAUGCAUUUAAAAGAAAUAUAUUCCGAAGAAUCUCAUCGAUUAUUUGUGGAUCGUGAUAAGACUGGUGGAUUUAUUUUUAUAGACAGGCUAUGUAAAUAUAAGUAUGUAAAUAUUAACACUGAUUAUACCCUAUAAAAUGUAAAUGUACAUAUAUGAAAGUACAGCAAUAAAACUGUAUUUAUAGUA